AUGGCAGCCGGCAGCGCUCACACGGUGCUGCUUCGAAGUGAUGGUUGUGCUGUGGCCUGCGGAUUGAACAAUGAUGGACAGUGCAGUCUUCCAGUUUUGGGUGAAAGAGUUGUCUACAACCAGAUUUCUGCAGGUGAUAAUUACACGGUACUUCUCCAAAAUGAUGGCACUGCUGUGGCCUUUGGACUGAAUGACAAAGGGCAAUGUGACAUUCCACCUUUGGACGCCGCAAGGCCGUACACUCAAGUCUCUGCAGGCUAUGUACAUACGGUACUGCUCCGAAAUGACGGCAGUGCAGUAGCUUGUGGGCAGAACGACCAGGGUCAAUGCAGCAUUCCAGCCUGUGAUCCAGAGAUAUCGUACGUUCAAGUUUCUGCGGGCGGCUUUCAUACAGUGCUUCUCAAAAGUGAUGGGAGUGCUUUGGCUUGUGGGGGCAAUGAUGCCGGACAAUGCAAUAUUCCACCUUUGGAUGAAGGGGUGUCAUACACGCAAGUCUCUGCAGGCUAUGUGCAUACAGUGCUUCUCCGAAGUGAUGGUCUUGCUGUUGCUUGUGGAUCCAAUAAGUCAGGACAAUGCAACACGGGAAGUUUGCCUCCAGGAAUCUCCUACACACAGGUUUCUGCGGGCAAGGAACAUACAGUGUUUCUUCGCAGCGAUGGCAGUGCCGUGGCAAGCGGCCGCGAUCUACAUGGACAAGGCCGCAUACCACCUUUGCGCAAGCGCAUGACAUAUACCCAAGUUUCUGCAGGUGGCGAUCACACAGUGCUCCUCCAAAGUGAUGGCACUGCCGUGGCUGUCGGAAUGAAUAGUGACGGACAGUGCAUCAUUCCAUCUCUGACCUCGCGGCUGGAAAGCUUUUCACCAAGCAGCAAGCGGUACAUUCCCGAUCGCGCUGCACCAGUUCGUAGCGACCGUAUCUUGCAGCUCGACUUUCAAUGUGACAAUGACGUGGUCAACCUGAUCUUCUGCACCCUAGCAGGGCAGGAGGUCUUGCACCUAAAGGCCAAUGGAACUGACCUGGCCUUUGAUCUUUACAAACGGAUCUCAAGGGAGUUCGGAAUCAGCCUUGGAAAUCUUCGAGUUGUUUUGCCUGACCAACAACUGCUGGCAACGGUCUGCAGCGUGAAUCCAACGGCCACACUUGCGGAUGCUCGAAAGUGCGAAAGCAUGGAAUCGCUGAAGAAGCAGCGCGAGCUGGCCCGACGGAAUUUGCAGCAUCACGGGGGAUUGCUGGAGGAUCCUGAGGCCAAGGUGCUUCUGUUUGUAGGACCUUGGGCGCAACACGCAGGCGCGAUGGGCAGUGCUGCGGAGAAAAAGGGGCCCUGCGGAGCCGAAGUGUGGAGGAAAUUGCGGAAGUUUUGCCUCAGAUCCUUUGCCGCCACGAGAGGGUGCGGCCUGGUGGCCUGCUGGUUGACGUACCAAGGGCUAACCGCACAAGUGUUGCUCUGCGGUCUGUGCAGCGAUCUGUCCGGUGUGAUGGCGCAAGACAUGCUGUGUCGCGUCAUGAGUUCCUUCCCUGGCCGCCUCUGUUUCUUGUCGGAGCGCUUCGAGUUGCCAGAGGACCUCCGACGAGGCGUGGAUUUCCUGCUGGCGCCGUACUUGUCGGAACCCAUCGGACAGUCGGAUGUGGAGAUGGGGUUCCUCGGGGUGCCUUGGAAAGCGGGUGCCAACGAUUGGCUGUGCGGCUGGUGCAUUAGGCAAAACUCUACUGGUCGCGACAUGUUGAAGACUGGCUUCUUUGGCGCCGUCGACUAUGCCUUGAGCCUCUCAGAGGACUACUGGCGUUUGGCCAAGGCAGCCACCGAGGCGACCAGGACCGAGGAGGGCAUGAUGGGUUCGUCUUGGUUGUUGCUUCAUGGUGAAGCAUUGGCAUUGGCACAGGGCGACACAGGGUGA